AUGGGAGCUAAAAAUUGUCAUCAUGCCGAAACAAGUUCGCCGAAAUACAGAUUAUUUAAAGGAAGUAGAAAGAAACCUGCCCCACCCCCUGAUAUUAGUGAAAGUGAGGUUAUAUUGUUGAGAAAUUCGUGGAUAAGGGUGAAAGAGGAAAUUGAAGAUAUCGGAGUAUUUACAUUUAUAGGCGGUUUAGGAUUAACUGGAUUAGCUAAUUGCGGAGAGAAUCAUCACACCAUUUCAGUUAAUUCUGCAAACCUUUUGUCCUUCUACGGCUUAGAAAUUUCGUGGCCAAAACAAUUAUCAUGA